AUGGCACCAAUAAUAGUACGAUGUGCAAAGCCUCAAAUGAUUCGGGCGCCUUGCCAAGCUCGGCCUCGAGGGCUCCCGUCGCAGCUACAUUUUCGUUUUCGAUACAACCACAGCAAUCAUCGAGCGUUCUCAUCAUCGGCCAAGCGUUACCGGCCCCAGUCGAAUUAUAAAGAGUCAUUUUGGACGCGGCUUCGAAAGGCCCUGGACGAUACAAAGAUCAAGUGGUAUCCCAUACCGGUGAGUGUGGGCAUUGGAUUUCUCGGCCUUGCCCAGGUGUACCGGAUCAAUGAGCGAGAAAAGGCACGGCAACAAGAAGAUGGGUUGGGGGAUAACGGAUAUGUAAAUGGCACCUCUGGGGGAAGUGAUGGUGAAGGCCCCGAAGGCAGCCCCCAAAAACGUCCUAAAAUCAGGCCAACUGGACCAUGGCAAAUCCAGGUCAUGUCAACGUUACCAUUGAAAGCCAUAUCGAGGUUAUGGGGUAAAUUUAACGAGCUUCAAAUUCCAUACUAUUUGCGGGUUCCUGGAUUCAAAUUAUAUUCGUUCAUUUUUGGUGUUAAUCUUUCAGAAGUAUCUGAACCCGAUCUCCAUGUAUAUCCAAACCUCGCUGCCUUCUUCUAUCGAACUUUAAAACCUGGCGUGCGGCCCCUAGACCCUAAUCAUAACGCCCUACUGUCCCCAUCUGAUGGGCGAGUGCUUCAAUUCGGAAGAAUUGUGGGUGGUGAGGUAGAACAAGUCAAAGGCAUGACUUAUAGUCUUGAUGCCCUUCUCGGGGCUCACGAACUAGACGAAUCCUACCCACCUAAAUCAUCCCAUGACAUGAUGCCAAAGAAAGGUGCCACUUCAUACAGAGAAGGGGACUCGGAAGUGAUCAAACAGGAUGAAGAGUUUGCCACUGUCAAUGGUAUAUCAUAUACAUUGCCCAAUCUUUUCUCGGGCCCACAUAAGGGACCGGACGCAAAGACCGCCGAUGCAUCUACAACCCCCAAACCAGCUUCAGAAGCCGAGGUUAGGGCGGAACUUGCACUGGGUGCUCGCCCUUGGUACGCACGUGUCACACAAGCAAAUCGAACUGCUUUAUAUUAUGUUGUUAUAUAUCUUGCACCAGGGGAUUAUCAUCGCUUCCAUUCACCCACCGCAUGGGUAGUUGAGAAGCGACGGCACUUUGCUGGGGAAUUGUAUAGUGUCUCGCCGUAUCUUCAACGGACAUUGCCUGGGCUUUUCACACUUAAUGAGAGAGUUGUGCUGAUGGGAAGGUGGCGAUGGGGUUUCUUCUCCUAUACGCCGGUUGGUGCUACCAACGUCGGAUCAAUUAAGAUCAAUUUCGAUCGGGAAUUGCGCACAAACUCCCUAACCACUGACACUGCUGCUGAUAAGGCAGCCGAGCAGGCCGCAAAACGUGGUGAGCCUUAUAGCGGCUUUGCAGAGGCUACUUACGAGGCCGCCAGCCCCAUAUUACACGGCCACGCUUUAAGGCGAGGUGAAGAAAUGGGUGGUUUCCAGUUAGGUAGUACCGUCGUCCUGGUCUUUGAGGCGCCAAAGAAGAAGCGGCCUAGUCUCGAUGAAGGAUGGAUGGGGGACGAAACUAAAAUAAAGGGCGGUUGGAACUGGACUGUUGAGAAGGGGCAGACUGUCAAGAUGGGACAGGCAAUUGGGUUUGUGGAUGAACCUUGA